AUGGUCCAGGCCGACACCCGUGCAUCAACCAGCAACCGGCGCGAGCGGCAUCAAUCUUCGGACGCAGCCCGCAGAAGCAGUCCCCAGCCCGGUCACGAUGACGGCUGGCAGCACGUCCGCCGGGCCGUGGCCGACAUGAACGCGGCCCGGGACUGGACCGGCCCCGAUGACCCGGACAACCCGCGAAACUUCCCCUUCUCGCAGCGCAUCUUCAGCGCCAUGGCCAUCACGGGGCUCGCCACCGUCGCCACCGUCGCAGGUGCCAUGUAUGCGCCUGCCCAGGACGACGUGGCCGCCUUCUUCGCAUGCAGCCACGAAGUCGCCGUCCUGCCGCUGUCGCUCUACAACCUCGGCCUCGCCUUUGGCCCCGUCGUCGGCGCGCCCCUUUCAGAGACGUACGGACGCAAAGCCGUGUCCACGGUCACGGCACCCAUCUUCGCCGCCUUUAUUCUCGGCGCCGGCUUCAGCAGCACCGUCGCCGGCCUCGCUGUCUGUCGCUUCUUCGCCGGCAUGUUCUCCUCGUCGCUCAUUAACAACGCGCCCGCCACCAUCCUCGACUCUUCUGCCGGGCGCUAUCGUGGUGUGACUCUCGCCGUUUACUACACGCUGCCCUCCUUUGGCGCCGCCUUGGGUCCUCUGAUGGGCGGCUUCAUCGUCCAUGCCGGCGGCUGGCGCUGGACACAAUGGGCCUCGGUCCUUCUCGCCGUCACUUUGUAUGUGCCCGUGUGCUUCACCCGCGAGACGUACAAAAAGGUCAUUUUGCGCCGCCGCGCCAUUCGCCUGGGUCUCGACGCUUCAUCCCAGCGUACAUCCACUGGUCGUGCGUUCCGGUACUUUGCGACGACGCUGAUCCAGCGGCCACUGCAUAUGCUCCUCACCGAACCCAUUGUGACCCUUGUCAGCAUCUACAACGGCUUCCUGUACGGUCUCUUGUAUACCUUUGUCAUUGCGGUCCCCUGGAUCUUUCGUGAAUAUUAUGGCUUCAACAAGACGAGCGAGGCCUUGUCCUUCCUUGGCCUCGUUGUCGGAACGCUCGCCGCGUCCACGCCCCUGAUUCUCAUCGACCUGCAAUAUUACCAGAAGCGGCUGACGCAGUGGCAGCAGUCUCAUCCGCCCGGCGGGGAGGGCGUUGAGGAGCCGCUGCCAUCCGAACACCGUCUCGUGGGCGCCAUGGUUGGAAGUCUCAUGCUGCCCGCCAGCCUCUUUCUCGUCGCCUGGACUGCGCAGUUCCGCGUCUACUGGAUAGUCCCCAUGGUCUUCCAGGGUUUCGUCAUGCUGAGCUCCCUACUUGUCUACGCCAGCGCCAACUUGUUUAUGCUCGACGCCUACGGGCCGCUGUACGGUGCUUCGGCGUCGAGUGCCAUGAUGCUUAGUCGCUAUACUCUCAGCGCAGCUUUUCCUCUCUUCACCCUCCAGAUGUACAGGGCGCUGGGGGUCGGUUGGGCGACGAGUCUGCUUGGCUUUGUGACCAUUACCAUGGCGCCCAUUCCCUGGUGCUUCUGGGUCUAUGGCGAGAGGCUCAGGCGGAGGAGCAGGUACGAGAGGAGUGCGUAG